CAGAGAGAGGAGCCGUGCGCCAGAGCAGUACGUAGGGGUCCGCGCGGCAAAGCGGAAAGGCAAACCGGAGCAGAGUGAACAAAGUGGCAGAGGCGACCCAGGCGUCAUCGGAGGCACUGGCGGCCCCAGAGGCACUAAGCACAGACGCAGAGGGAGGCAAAGAACUCACAGGCAGCCCAGGCAAACCGGGCGGCCUGAAGAAGCUUUAGAAAUAGCCUCACCAACAGCAGCUGCUCCGCGGAUUGGGAGCUGUCGCGGUAGAGCCCGCUACAGCAAUCGCAGUCUCCGUGGAGCGGGCAGAAGCCUUGUCUCCUUUUCCUUCCCCUCUUCAUUCUACUCUAGAGGAGUCAUUCACUAGAUUUGUGAUUUCUUGAAAUCCAACUCAGUGUUUGACCUACCACAGGAAAAUCCUUUUGUGAGUAAGAAGGAUCCCACAGAUCACAUGACAGAGAGGUCUUGCCUCAGCAGCUCUCAACUUUCUAAUCUUGUAAAGAAGCUGACAAGCUUGGCUGUUUGCAGAGCACUAUGAGGACUGUACGAAAUUGGGUUUUAAUUCAGAUAUUUCAAGUGUUCUGUGGGUUGAUACAGAGCACCCUUACAAUCGUGCCUGGUAUGGACUUGUUGUCCGGGACGUAUAUUUUUGCGGUCCUGCUAGCAUGCGUCGUCUUUCAGUCUGGCGCCCAGGAGAAGAACUACACCAUCCGAGAAGAAAUGCCAGAAAACGUCCUAAUAGGCGAUUUGUUGAAAGACCUAAACUUGUCGCUUAUUCCCGACAAAUCCUUAACGUCUCCUAUGCAAUUCAAGCUUGUGUACAAGACCGGGGAUGUGCCACUGAUUCGGAUUGAAGAGGGCUCUGGUGAGAUCUUCACUACUGGUGCCCGCAUAGAUCGUGAGAAAUUGUGUGCUGGUAUCAUGUUGGAUGCCCGUUGCUUUUACGAAGUGGAGGUUGCCGUUUUGCCAGAUGAAAUAUUUAGACUGGUUAAGAUACGCUUUCUAAUAGAAGACAUAAAUGAUAAUGCACCGUUAUUCCCAACUACAGUUAUCAACAUAUCAAUUCCAGAGAACUCAGCUAUACACUCUCGGUAUUCCCUCCCAGCAGCUGUUGAUCCUGACAGAGGAAUAAAUGGGGUCCAAAACUACCAUCUAAUUAAGGGACAAAACAUUUUUGAUCUUGAUGUCAUUGAAUCACCAGAAGGAGAAAAGAUGCCACAACUGAUUGUUCAAAAGGAAUUGGAUAGAGAAGAAAAAGAUACCUAUGUGAUGAAAGUAAAGGUAGAAGACGGUGGCUUUCCUCAAAGAUCUAGUACUGCCAUUUUGCAAGUAAGUGUUGCUGAUACAAAUGAUAACCGGCCGAUAUUCAAAGAAGAGGAAAUCGAAGUCAGCAUACCAGAAAAUGCUCCUGUUGGUUCUUCAGUAACACAGCUUCAUGCCACAGAUGCCGAUAUUGGUGAAAAUGCCAAGAUUCAUUUCUAUUUUAGCAAUCUAGUCUCUAACAUUGCCAAAAGACUAUUUCACCUUAACACCACUACUGGACUUAUCACAGUCAAAGAACCACUGGAUAGGGAAGAAUCACAAAGCCACAAGUUACUGGUUUUGGCAAGUGAUGGUGGAUCAGCACCAGCAAGAGCUAUGGUGCUGGUAAAUGUUACAGAUGUUAAUGAUAAUGUCCCUUCAAUUGACAUCAGAUAUAUUGUCAAUCCAACCAAUGGUACUGUGAUGCUUUCAGAAAAUGCUCCACUCAAUACUAAAAUUGCUCUUAUAACUGUGACAGACAAGGAUGCUGACAAUAACGGUAGAGUGACAUGCUUCACAGAUCACGAAAUUCCUUUCAGAUUGAGACCAGUAUUCAGUAAUCAGUUCCUGCUUGAGACUGCUGCAUAUCUUGACUAUGAGUCCACCAGAGAAUAUGCCAUUAAAUUACUGGCUGCAGAUGCUGGCAAACCUCCUUUGAAUCAGUCAUCCAUGCUCCUCAUCAAAGUGAAAGAUGAAAAUGACAAUGCUCCAGCUUUCACACAGCCUUUCAUAAGUCUUUCUGUUCCUGAAAAUAACUCACCUGACACCCAGUUGACCAAAGUAAGUGCAACGGAUGCAGACACUGGUCAAAAUGCUGAGGUCGCUUACCUGCUGGGCUCUGAUGCUCCACCUGAAUUCCACUUGGACCGUCGUACAGGCAUUCUGACUGCAAUGAUGAAAUUAGACAGAGAAAAACAGGAAAAAUACUAUUUCACAGUUCUAGCUGUUGAUAAUGGAAUACCACCAUUAAUGACCAAUGCCACAGUGUUUGUGACUGUUCUUGAUCAGAAUGAUAACAGUCCAAUUUUCACUCACAAUGAAUACAACUUCUACGUCCCAGAAAACCUUCCAAAACAUGGCACAGUUGGACUGAUCACUGUAACUGAUCCUGAUUAUGGAGAGAAUUCUGCAGUUACUCUUUCUAUUUUAGAUGUGAAUGAUGAAUUUACCAUUGAUCCACAGACUGGUGUUAUUAGGCCAAAUAUUUCAUUUGAUAGAGAAAGACAAGAAUCUUACACUUUCUAUGUCAAGGCUGAGGAUGGUGGGAGGGUAUCACACUCUUCUACUGCUAAAGUUACCAUAAAUGUAGUUGAUGUCAAUGAUAACAAACCAGUUUUUGUGGAUCCUCCUUCCAAUUACUCCUAUGAAUUGGUUCCACCUUCCACUAGUGCAGGCACAGUAGUCUUCAAUGUCCUCGCAAUCGACAAUGACACUGGCAUGAACUCAGAGAUUCUUUAUACCAUCACUGGAGGAAACACAAAAGGUCUGUUCAUAAUUGACCAAAUAUCAGGCAAUAUCACCCUGAAGGAGAAAUGUGUUGUUGCAGACUUUGGUUUACAUAGACUGAUAGUCAAAGCUAUGGACUUGGGACAACCUGAUUCACUCUUUAGUUUUAUAGUUGUCAAUCUGUUUGUGAAUGAGACAGUAACCAAUGAUACUCUGGUUCGUGAAUUGGUGCGCAAAGGCUUUGAAACACCAGUGACCCCAAACGCUGAAACAACUGAUUCAUCCUCACCAACCAGUGACUAUGUCAAGAUCAUGGUAGCCAUUGUUGCUGGCACCAUAACUGUCAUCCUGGUGAUUUUCAUCACUGCAAUAGUAAGGUGUUGCCAAUCACCACAUCUUAAGGCUUCUCAGAAAAAUAAGCAAAAUUCAGAAUGGGUUACUCCAAACCCAGAAAAUCGGCAGAUGAUAAUGAUGAAGAAAAAGAAGAAGAAGAAGAAGAAAAAGAAGAAGCAUGUCCCCCAAAACUUGCUGCUCAACUUUGUCACUAUUGAUGAAGCAAAGAAGGAUGAUGUUGAUAGUGACAGAAACAGUGUCACACUAGACCUCCCCAUUGAACUGGAAGAGCAAACCAUGGGCAAAUACAACUGGGGCACUACACCUACUACCUUCAAGCCUGAAAGCCCUGAUUUGGCUCGGCACUACAAAUCUGCCUCUCCACAGCCAGCCUUCCAGAUCCAGCCUGAAACUCCUCUGAAUUCAAAGCACCACAUCAUCCAGGAACUGCCUCUUGAUAAUACCUUUGUGGGCUGUGACUCCAUUUCCAAAUGCUCCUCCAGCAGUUCUGAUCCGUACAGCGUUUCUGAGUGCAGCUAUCCAGUGACAACUUUCAAGACCCCAGUAUCUGUCCAUACUAGACCGCAAAUGAAGGAGGUGAUCAGAUCUCGCACUCCCAUGAAAGAGUCGAUGACUGUGGAGAUUUGGAUGCAUCCUCAACUGCAGUCCCAGCGACGUGUUACAUUUCAUCUACCAGAAGGCUCUCAGGAAAGCAGCAGUGAUGGUGGUCUGGGAGACCAUGAGCCAGGAAGCCUUCCCAGCACCUCUCAUGCCCUGCCUCUUGGUUAUCCCCAAGAAGAGUACUUUGAUCAUGCUGCACCCAACAACCGCACUGAAGGAGAUGGCAACUCUGAUCCCGAAUCCACUGCAGAAAUAACUGUUCAGCCAACGGUGGAAGAAGCCUCUGACAACUGCACUCAAGAAUGUCUUAUCUUGGGCCACUCUGAUGCCUGCUGGAUGCCAGCUUCUCUAUCCCACUCCAGCCCAUCACUGAUGCAGGCUUCUUCUCUCUGCCACAGCCCAUCCCUGACACAGCCAUCACUGCGCCGCCGAAGCCAUCCGGUGACACAGACCAUUGCUAUCUGCCACAGUCCUCCCUUGACCCAAACUAUCGCACUGCGCCACAGCCCUCCACCAGUACAGGCUUCUGCUCUCCAUCAUAGUCCACAUCUAGCACACGUUAACACGCUACGCCACAGCCCACCACCAGUACAGGCUUCAGCCCUGGGCUACAGCCCUCCCCUUGCACAGGGUGCUGCAAUCCACCACAGCCCUCCUCUACCACAGGGUGCUACCCUCCAUCGCAACCAGGCACAGCCUGGUUGGGUGCAAGGUGUUGGGGCUGAUGAACUACAUUCCCUCGAUCAGGGAGGGCAAGGUAGUACAAGAGCUCAGUUUUACACCAUGUCUGAAAGACUUCCUACAAGUGAUGACUCAAUUAAAGUAAUUCCCUUGACCACCUUCACUUCAGUUCAGGAGGCCAGACCCUCUCCAGAUGAUUCACCCAUUAUGGAAGAGCAUCCCUUGUAAAGCUGAAAUGGCUAUUUGCCAUUUUCAGACAUAUGUAUAUAUUAAAAGUUUAUGAUACAAUUUCAGUGACAAUUCCAAAUUGUUAGGUUUAUAAAUAUUUCUGUAAAUAGAAACAGAUACCAAGAUAAGUCCAGAGCUAGACCCUUUGUCAAAAGUUUAACUCAAAACUAUUGUAAUUAAAAAUGUGAACUAAAAAAAGCUAAAAAUUAAUAUCCCU